AUGGAGAACAUUCGUAGGACGAAUCGCAAGUUAGGCGUUGGGGCGAGAGGUGUCGUUUACGAGGGUUACGAUGAGGAAAAAGGUUGUUUCGUUGCCGUGAAGGAAAUUCCUCUGUACGACGGUGGUGUUGUCGCACCGGAAGGUGGGGAUGGGGGAGAUGCAUUUCCUCAGGAACCUCCUGUUAUCUCCGACGACAUGCGAGCGAUUUUGCAGGAGAUUCAUCUGAUGGAACGGGUGCAACACCCAAACCUCGUUACGUAUUAUGGCGCACGCCGUAGCGCAGUGGGUGUAGAGAUAAUAAUGGAGUACGUGAACGGCGGGUCAUUGGACGGGAUCAUUAGACGGCAGGGAUCCUUACGUGAGAAUGUAGUGCGGUCGUAUGCUCGUGACUUGCUAGAGGGGCUCGCGUAUCUGCAUGAUACUGCCCGUAUUUGUCAUAGGGACAUCAAACCCGCCAAUGUUCUUAUCACCGCGGAUGGUCGCUGCAAGUUAACAGAUUUUGGUGUGAGUAAACUCAUCGAUGAUACUGUCGGGAUGCACACAACGGUGGGAACACCAUGGUAUAUGGCUCCGGAAGUUGUCGAUAGCGAUAGGAAUGUACCAAAUGACACCGAUGACUCCCCCGAUGCCGGUGGCGGUGACUUUGAUUAUAGGAGCAACAAUGAUAAUAAGGGGGAAAGUAGCUACACAACAGCAGCGGAUGUGUGGAGUUUAGGUGUUACCGUAUACGAGAUGAUAAGUGGAAGGAAGCCGUUUGGGGGGAAUAUGAAAAAUCCUGCUGCGGUGCUAUUUGCGAUAGUAUCAAAUAACUCAGGAUCACCCCGCCUUCCAGUCAACUGCGAGGGGUCUCCCCUGUUGCAAGACUUUUUAGAUCUUUGUUUUGUACGGGAUCCGGCCCUUCGUCCGAGUGCAAGAGAGCUUCUUUCGCAUCGAUGGCUCGUUGAUAUACCAAGCCCAAAUAAGAUGAAACGCGCAAAAGGGAGUCUUUCUCUCUCAGGUGCAAACGCAUGUAGCAACAGCAGGUCGGGGUCGGGCCCGGGCUCGCUUGAGAGACAAUCGGGAACAGCAGAUCCAAAGUUUGGUAUGAUGGACAUGGCGGACCUUUUCUCCUAUGUCACGGAGCUGGAGGGGUUAUCUCAACCCAUGUCACCACUAGUAACUAAAAGCAAGAAGCGACGGGAAAAUUCUAAUGGUGUUGCGGACCGUGGGAAAGAUAUUCAAGGGGGAUUUUUUGCGUCCGAUGGGCAUUUUGUUGACUUAGCUAUGCCGCGGCUUUUGUCCUCCCGGUCGAGUAAAGACCCAGAGUAG